UUUCCAUGUUUUUCAACUGUUAACAAAAUAUAAAAAUUAAAAAUCAAAUAAAAACCAACAAAAGUUUAAACAAAAGCAUCUGGCUGGCCCCUCCACUGUCCACUGACCAAAAUUUCACUUCAGCCACUUAAAUGGAAUCGAUCCUAAGCGACGAAUCAAUCUUAAAAAAUUCAAAGCUUUGGUCCGAUGCAAUGAAGGAAUUUUGUGAAAAGGAAACCUUCAAGGAAGUUGAGUACUAUGAUAUCCUAAAUGAUUCUGUAGAAGUCAGCGAUGAUUGUACUCCUGACCAAACAAUCAUAAGCAACAACGAUGAAAACGACAAUCAAAACGAAGGUGAAGUUGGAAAAGAAAACAAAUGCAAGGCCUUGGUUAAAGUGGAGGACUUCGAAGGCAGCACCAGUAGCGAUGACUUCGAGGAGUGUGCCAACCACACCUUGGCCCUGAUGCGGGAACAACAAGACAAAUGGCAGAAGACCGGAAUGCUGAAAGUCCUGCAAACAUUCGAUUGGGAUCAAAUCUCCAAAGUGGUGGCGCCGUGGGUUGCAAAAAACAAAUUAGACCGCUCUCAGCUUUCGACAUCUGUCGAUGAGCACAUCGUUCAUAUUGAAGAACACCAUCAUCGCCAGGUGCAUCUGUCGUCCGACGAUGAUUCCCUGCACUCCCUAGACACUGCCAACUACAUCCGAUCGAGUCGGAAGAAGAAGCGCACCAGUUGCACCACGACCACCAUCAAGAAGUUCAGCUAUGUGAAGGGGUCGAGGAGACACUUGCAGAAGAAGUACGGCCUCGACUUGGACAAGGAUCUGAAUAAAAUUUUCCACCAGAAGUUCCCCGAGAAUGCAGAGAAAAUCGCCCAUCGGGGACUUAAGGCAAUAGCUGUUCCUGAGGAGAACGCAAGAAGCUUCAAUUGUACGCCUCCAGCGAGGUUAGGUGCAAUUGAACACGUACCCAGGUCUCUGCCGACGAUGGCACGCCGGAAGUCUCGCCAAAUGAAAAGGCGAUCGGACAUCUCUAAGCGUUCGGUCUCGAGUAGUUCCUCGUCGUCUAGUUCUCCGGUGCGACUUUUGAAGCCCAAAUAUAAAAGAUUGUCGAAAGGUCGAAAAAGUCACGAAGGAUUACAGUCUGCACAGACAAAACAAGAGAAGAGUAAAUUGAAUUUUUUCAAACGCAAAAUUCCCGAACGAAAACUCGUUCCUGAGGCAGAAAUUGAUCUCACGAAAAUGGAAACAUCCGCCUCAGGACCGGAAAUGUCCAUAUCCACAAGGAAAGUAGAAAAGUCACUGCCCAAGCCGCGACCUACACCUCCAGCGUUAUGUCAAAGCGCAAGUUUCAGCAACGAAACUGGGUUUCUUGGGGCGAGCAUAAUAAACUCUACUGCAGUCACCACUAACCCCUCGUCAGUGCCUGAUGUUCCUAUGAAGAAAUGCCAGCUAACCCCGAUUAAGAACAAAACCCCACCUAUUCUUAUGGAAAAGUAUCAACUAUCCCCAAUUAAGAAUAAAACCCCGCAUGCUCCAAUGGAAAAGAUGCUAACUCCGAUCAAAAACAUAUCCCAUCAGCCGAAACCUCCUCGAACUGUGCCCACGAAAAAGAAACCUAAAGUGAGAUUGGCUCGAGCCAAGGUGAAAAAAGCCGAAGAAAAAAUUGUGGAACCUAAGGAAAUAGAGAAGACACUAAUUCCCGUUGAAGAUCCUGAGGAACUCGAGAAGACAGCAACACCCAAUGAAGAUCAUAAGGAACUCGCGAAGAUACAAAUUGUCGAUGAAGAAAUUAUAGAGCCUAAAGAACUCGAGAAGACACAAAUUCCCAACGAAGAAAUUUUAGAUCUGAAGGAACUUGAGAAAGCACAAGAAGAAGAAAACAUUGUCGAAGCUAAGGAACCCGAGGAGAUGCAAAUUCUCGAGGAAGAAAUUGUAGAACCUAAGACACCCGAGGAGACACAAAUUCCCGAAAAAAUGGACAACAGCAAAAUUCUGUUAUUCUCUCCAACAGAUCUCGAGCCACAUCGACAGAAUUUGACUGGUCAGAACUUCCAUUUAACACAAGACUACUUUGUGGACAAAGUGGGACAAAAACACUCCCAAAGAUUUAUCAAAUUGAACUCGAAGAAAUUUCCCUUCGUCUUCGAUUGUUCUUCGAGGAUUUCCUUCCAAGUCCCCGAAGAUACAGAUGGGAGUGAUUCCAGCGAUGAGGAUAUCUUGUAUGUAAUUGGAAGGGAGGGUAAAUUGUUAGUCGAAGCAGCGGAGGAACCACCGCAAAACAAAGAGUGAAUGUUUUGUAUGUUAGUCUCGUAGAUAGGAAGUUUUUUAAAAAAGUAUUUUAAAAGACAUUCUUUUGCUUGUAGUUUGUUAGUUUUUGUUUCAUUCCAGUUCCAUUUUUUAACCAUAGUUUUUGUUGAUAUAGCAAAAGUUUGUUAUUAUUUUUAAUAAAUUAAAUUUUUUUUUAAGA